UCAGAAAAGAAUUACGAGUGGAGCUCUGAAGAGGAGGAAGCUGUGAAGAAGGCGGGGCCAGUCCAGGUGCUCAUUGUGAAAGAUGACCAUUCCUUUGAGCUGGACGAGGCCGCGCUGAACCGCAUUCUGCUCUCGGAGGCUGUGAGAGAUAAAGAGGUAGUUGCUGUGUCUGUCGCUGGAGCUUUCAGGAAAGGAAAAUCGUUCCUGAUGGACUUCAUGCUGAGAUACAUGUACAACAAGGAAACCAUUGACUGGCUCGGCGAUUACAACGAACCACUGACGGGCUUCUCGUGGCGAGGAGGGUCUGAGCGGGAGACGACUGGCAUUCAGAUAUGGAGUGAACUCUUUCUUGUGGACAAACCGGACGGUAAAAAGGUUGCAGUGCUACUGAUGGACACGCAGGGGACGUUUGACAGCCAGUCGACUCUGCGGGAUUCAGCCACCGUGUUUGCCCUUAGCACUAUGAUCAGCUCAAUCCAGGUGUACAACUUAUCCCAGAACGUUCAAGAAGAUGAUCUCCAGCACUUACAGCUCUUUACGGAAUACGGCAGGCUGGCCAUGGAGGAAACCUUCCUGAAACCUUUCCAGUCUCUCAUAUUCCUCGUUCGUGACUGGAGUUUCCCGUAUGAAUUUUCCUAUGGAGCUGAUGGCGGUUCAGAAUUUUUGGAAAAACGUCUUAAGGUCUCAGGAAAUCAACAUGAAGAAUUGCAGAAUGUCAGAAAACACAUCCAUUCCUGUUUCACAAACAUCUCCUGCUUUCUGUUACCUCAUCCUGGCUUGAAAGUAGCCACCAACCCAAAUUUUGAUGGAAAACUGAAAGAAAUAGAUGACGAGUUCAUCAAGAACUUGAAGGUGUUGAUUCCUUGGCUCCUUAGCCCUGAGAGCCUAGAUGUUAAGGAGAUCAAUGGAAAUAACAUCACCUGUCGAGGCCUUGUGGAAUACUUUAAGGCAUAUAUCAAGAUUUAUCAAGGAGAAGAAUUGCCACAUCCCAAAUCAAUGUUGCAGGCCACAGCUGAGGCUAACAAUUUAGCAGCAGUUGCCACUGCCAAGGACACCUACAAUAAGAGAAUGGAAGAGGUUUGUGGGGGAGACCGGCCGUUUCUCGCACCCAGUGAUCUUCAGAACAAACACCUGGAGCUCAAGGAGGAAGCAGUGAAGCUGUUUCGAGGCGUUAAGAAGAUGGGUGGGGAGGAGUUCAGUCGCCGCUACCUACAGCAACUGGAGAACGAAAUAGAUGAGCUCUACAUACAGUACAUUAAGCACAAUGACAGCAAGAACAUAUUCCACGCGGCACGUACCCCUGCAACCCUCUUUGUGGUCAUCUUCAUCACGUACGUGAUAGCCGGAGUGACCGGCUUCAUUGGCUUGGACAUCAUAGCCAGUCUAUGCAACAUGAUCAUGGGGUUGACCCUUAUCACUCUGUGCACCUGGGCAUAUAUCAGAUACUCUGGGGAAUACAGAGAACUGGGAGCAGUAAUAGACCAAGUGGCUGCAGCUUUGUGGGACCAGGGAAGCACGAAUGAGGCUUUGUACAAACUUUACAGUGCAGCAGCUACCCACAGACAUUUGUAUCACCAUGCGUUCCCUGCCCAGAAAUCAGAAUCUACUGAAGAUUCAGAAAAGAAGAAAAUGUAA